AUGGCAGACCAGGCCCUCUCCUUCGCCAAGGACUUCCUGGCAGGCGGCGUGGCGGCAGCCAUCAGCAAGACGGCCGUGGCGCCCAUCGAGCGGGUCAAGCUGCUGCUUCAGGUCAGGCCUCCUCGCGGGGCGCUUUCAUUUGUGGGACGGGGGGGUCUGAAAGAGGGGGCAGGGCCGGGAAUGAGGCGUUUGGGGUGCGCGGCCCGGACCCCCCACUGCGCGGUUUCUUUUUUAUUUUAUUUUAAUACGCAUUCAUGUGUGUACGUUUGUGAGGAACUACUUAUGCCCUCGAAAGGCUGCCCGUGACGACGGCUGCGGCAAGGACAAGAGAGGCGCCCGCCCCGCGUGAGUCUGUGUGCGCGCGCGCGCAUGGCUGCCGUUAGGCCGGUUCCGCUGUAGAAAGUUCGUUGGCGGCAGUUUGAAUGCGCGCGGCACUGCUCCCCUCCUCUCCCCCCCCCCCCAACGCGCAGAUGAAAGGGUUCUCUCCUCACGCGCCCGCUUCUUUCCCUAUGCCCCCCCCCCCUUUUUGUGUAGCGGUGUACUUAAGAUGUAGAGGGCGGGAACGCACUGAGAGGUCGAAGGAAGCUGCCGCAGCCAUCUUCUGCGGGGACGUGUCGUUGAUUGGUGCGACGGCGGCGUAGGGCGUCUGCGCCGAUUGGAUGCAGCCGGCCUCCCGCCUCCGCCCUUGCUCCCGUAUCGCGAGGCUUCGGCGGGUGACCCCUGCGGAGCGCGCGAGGUCACCGCCGCCUGUGCUGCAGUGGGGCCUAAGCCCAAGCCCCUCCCCUCGGGUCGCAGCCGGGGGGAUGCGUGACUGAGGCGGGGCGGGCUGUGAGACUCCCUAUGCGGACAGGCAGAGGAGGCCUCGCGCUGCACAGGGACACAUAGAGCGCGACCUUUUCCAGACUAGUUCCGCCAUGUACAUCCAAAGGGCAUAACUUUCUCCUUUUAAAUGGGGAGGAUAUAUUCUGGACGGGAAGGGGCCGUCCAGAGCAUCCGGCUGGCACGAAGAAGGGCAUGAAUUUAAUGCUAAACCUCGGCAUUGCCCGAAAUCCCAGAGAGUCACGUUGUAGACAGAUGACUCAGUGGCUGACUUUAUUUUUUCUAUUUAUUGCAUUUAUAUCCCACUUUCAACCCCCCCCCCCGCAAAAGAGCUCAAGGUCGCCUAAAUGUCUCUCCUUAUUCUCAUUUAAUGUCCAGAAACAACCCUGUGAGGUAGGUUAGGCUAAGAGGCAGUAACUGGCCCCAAGGUCACCUAGUCAACUUCCUAGCAGAGUGAGGAGUUGAAGUCUGGUCUUCAGGUCCUUGUCUGACACUUUAACCGCUAUGCCACUGGUAUAAGGUGUGUCCUGCAUCUACAGUGUACGCUACAAGUAUGGGCAAAAACCACAAAAGGACAAGGCGGAAGAGAAUGUUCUUUGGUAGCUUCAGAACCUGUGAUGAGCAGUACAAUCCUAUGCACAUUUGUUUUAAAAAGUCGACCCCAUUGAGUUCCUUGGUAACUGCAUACAGCAGGGAUGGAAAACCUUCCGCCUUCCACACGUCCCCAUUUGGCCCACAAAGCUGUUUUGGGGCAAGCUAUACCCACCUGCUGUGCAUCUGAUGUCAGGUGUGGGGAAGUUAAAGGUGGGGAUUUGCCAAAUUGGGCUUUGUAGGCUCUGCCAGUUAGCAGUGCCUGGAAUUCCUCCAUUAUACAGAGAUUCCUAAGCACUCAACCAGCUGGUACUCAGAGACACAUGGGAACCAUUAUGAUGUUAGAUGAUUGACAAUGGGGUUGAACCACACAAAAUUGACCCACAAGUGGGGAGAGUUAAGGAUCUGGCCUACCAGACUAAAGAUUCUCUACCUCUGAUGUACAAAAUGUUAACCAAAGCUGUCAGUUUUAUGAGUGUUUCUACAUGGAAGCAAAAGGGCACUAAUUCCUUAGUUUAGAAAUAUAAACAUAUUUAUUUAAAUGAAAAUCCCACAGCAAUGAGGAAUGGCUGUAGUUCUACUGGUUUAACUUCCUUUAGAAAUUAAGUUGCAAUAGCUAUAUCCCUGCUCAUAAGUUUAAUUUUUACAGUAAGCUGAUAUUUUCACAGUCUACUUGUGGCUUUAACAAGACUCAUUGGAAGAUUAACUACAUAGUGAGCUAAUAAGAGCAUUUCUAAACUGCCAAUUCAUAGAAAAUAUGAGGGGAACUUAAAAUCAUUAGAGAACUAAUAACCAGCACUGAAUUAAAUCAAUUUUCUGGAAACACUUGUUGAAACAAAUAUUUUCAGCAAUGACAACAUAGCCAGAAUUGUAGGUGUCUAUCUGAUUUCAAUAGGAAUGGUGUUCCAAAGUACUGAUGUCACUAUACUAAAGCAUAGUUUGAGUAGAAAGUCAGUUUUGUUCCUUUAAUGACUUAAUUGGAUUAAAUUAUUCUAUCCCAUUUUCUCUAGUUCCCAUUGUGACUUCAGAUAUUUGAAAUGUAUACUUCAGACUGAACCUGAAAGAAUAAAGCUUAUUUGGAACCAUACAAUUUCUCAUUUAGAGUAACUGUGAACAUCUUUUUCUUGCAGGUACAACAUGCAAGUCAACAGAUUGCUGCUGAUAAGCAGUACAAAGGAAUCAUUGAUUGUGUUGUCCGCAUUCCUAAAGAGCAAGGAAUGCUGUCCUUUUGGCGUGGGAAUUUUGCCAAUGUCAUCAGAUAUUUCCCAACUCAGGCGCUCAACUUUGCCUUCAAGGAUAAGUAUAAGCAAGUAUUCUUAGGCGGAGUAGACAAGCACACACAGUUCUGGAGAUAUUUUGCUGGUAACCUGGCCUCUGGUGGUGCAGCUGGAGCAACCUCCCUCUGCUUUGUCUAUCCCUUGGAUUUUGCAAGAACCCGACUGGCUGCUGAUGUUGGAAAAGCUGGCGCUGAAAGAGAAUUCAAAGGCCUGGGGGACUGUCUAGUCAAAAUCUUCAGGUCUGAUGGUCUGCGGGGCUUAUAUCAAGGGUUCAAUGUCUCUGUCCAGGGAAUAAUCAUCUAUAGAGCUGCCUACUUUGGGAUCUAUGACACAGCAAAAGGUAAAUGUGAUGGUCAGGCUGAUACUGACAAGCAACAUGCCGGGUGUUUUUGAAUAGCACCAUGUAACUAUUGAGAUGUGCCUAGUAGCACAAGUAAAACUGAUAGACUCAUUUGCUAUACUAUCCACAUAGAGGUGGGGGGAGGGAGCUAAACCACAGAAAGUGUUGGUUUACAAAGCCACACAGAUUAUCUAGGGAAGAAAACUCCAUGUGAAUCAGUUUGACAAAAUGAACUGGCUUUAAAUAGGCAUUAGGUUGUGUGUCACUAUUUGGUUCUGUACUCAAUUAUGGAAACCUCUAUUGGAAUGCAGGGAGUAGAACCCUGGGCAGUCACGGUUGAAGAGGGUUAUGAAAGAGACUAGGAGGAAAAAGAUCAAAGGCCAGGGGUUGAAAUGUUACUUAUACUAAAGGGAAAGUUGUAAAAGCUAAAGUGGUUACAUUAACUGCUCCUAUAAUUUUAACUGUAACCAAGUAUGUAAGUUACCCAAGGCUGUUCAUUUAGGGCAGAGGACUAGAGCUUAAAUUUAACUGCCGUAAUCCCAAAGCUCAUAUUAUUGAGAUGGAUUUUAGCAGUGAUUCUGUAUUUAGAUGUUCUGGAUUUUUGUUAAUUAAAAAAGUGUUGACACCUGAAUGGAGUAUCUUUCCAGUAUCGCAUAUCUCACUGUCUACCAAAGAGAUGACAUGGAGGAGUAUAUUUUAAAAACAUAACAAGACUUCACUAAAAGAACUGAGGUUGCCUGAUCGGAGGUGGAGUUAAAAAAAUAGCAAAACAUUAAAAUGUAGGUCAUAACUAGCAGUCAGUGAAUUCCCCUAUAUGGAUUCACUCCCUGAGUAAAAGAGGUUACUGUCCAUUUGGACACAAGCAGACUAGGACUUCAGAUUUGACCACACAUACUAGCUGCAGUGUUAGUCACAAGGGAUUAUACACCUUCUCUAGUAACUAGAUAUUGAGAAAAGGCACCAUCAGUUGUGUGUCAAUGGCUGAAUCAUAAAACAGAGGUAAACAGAGCUGCCUGUAAUAUGAUCUUCUAUAUUAACCAGGAAGGCAAAAUUUAACAGUUGAGCAUUAUUUCAUGAUACACCAUAAAGUGCCCCAAAAUACGUAUUCAAAUGUUGUGUAAUGGUAAACAGAUCCUUUCUUCAGUUUUCAAAAUGAUGCAGAAGUUCUGUUUUUUCAUUAUAGGUAUGCUCCCAGAUCCUAGAAACACUCACAUUUUUAUAAGCUGGAUGAUUGCACAAUCAGUGACUGCAGUAGCUGGUGUGGUUUCCUAUCCAUUUGAUACAGUGCGACGUCGAAUGAUGAUGCAGUCUGGACGUAAAGCAGGUAAGCAGCACAUAAAAAUAAGCCAAUUUUACAUUAAGCAUCAGCCUGAUAGUCUUGUGCUGCAAGGAAUUUCAUGCAGAUGUUUGCUUGAAAUUGAAUGCAAACCUAGUGAGCAGGCUAACAGAGGAGAGAGCAGAGUGCUAGAUCUCUUCAUUUCCAACAUUGAAAUCACUGGGUUGCUGUAAGAAGGUCAGAACUCCAUCUUUCUGCCAGUAGUCCUGCCAAGACUUUAACAGUAAUAAGUAAUGUUUAUGGGCUAUGUGGCUUUUAAUUAUUUUUGGUGGCAGAUGUAAGUACUUUUGUGGUGGGCAGAAUGCAAUACCACACACUCUUGAUUGUGCUGUUCUGGGGGUUCAACCCCCUAGAGCUGAUUUGGGAGAGGUGCAGGGGGAAGAGAGAGGGGGAAGGCCCCACUGCGCUAGUGGAAGUGAUUGCUCUGGUUUCCACUAGCACCCUAGGUUAGGUGAAUCUGGCCCUGUGUCUCAAAUUUGUUUCUUUUUUACUAAGCUUGUGCUUCAGACACCAUAUAUAUAGACUUCACAUUAAUUCUACACAAGUAGUUAAUAUUUAACUCCUGUUAAUACUCAUUGUAAUUUAGUUCUUCUGGGUUCACAGGAUGAGACUGUCCUCAUAUAAGCAUUGUAAAAUCGGCUUAGUAAUAACUGGGAUCCUUCUUCUACCCUACACCCACCCGCAAUAAAAGCAGUAUAUUAUCUAGUUUCAGAGUAAUAUUUGAAGAACAACUUUCUGUGCAUAAGUUCUACAAUGUGUUAGCUCAGUACUGCUUUUACAUUUCUCUGGACAGAAAUUAACAUGAUAGCCCUGGUGUCCUUGAAACUUUUUAUUUAUUAAAUUUAUAUACUACCCUUCAUCAAAAGAUCUCAGGGUAGUUCACAGAAUAAAUGCUUCAAAUAAUAAACUUUUUUUUCCUACAGCUGACAUCAUGUACUCUGGAACAAUUGACUGUUGGAAGAAGAUUGCAAGAGAUGAAGGUGGAAAGGCUUUCUUCAAGGGUGCAUGGUCUAAUGUUCUUCGAGGCAUGGGUGGUGCUUUUGUGCUUGUGUUGUAUGAUGAGUUCAAGAAAGUCAUCUAA